AUAAUAAACUAGAUUGCUAACUGUACAUGUCAAAAAUAAUUUCUUGUCUGUAUCAAAAGGCAGAACAACCAAUAAUUGUUAUGACUUGUGAUAAUAAUAAUUAUGAACUAUGGUCUAAGAGUUCGGUACUGAUAAAAGACGAAAAAAGUCACUUGCCACUUGCCACUUUUGAACCAAAAAAACAACAAUGUAUGGUGGACGAGUGUGAGGUUUGAGUUUUGUUUUUUGUCGUUUCUACUGUGCUCUUGAAGUAUGUCAAUUGUAAUUAGUCGACCGCCAUUGUGCAGAGGCAUUAUUCUUUUGAACGGUCGUUAUAAGGCCUUUUCAACUUGUCUAGUUAAUUGCAACAAUGCUUUUAACAACCGUCAAAAAAAUGCACAUGUACCUAAAACGACUUCGCCGACUACGACAAAGUACCAUAUUGGAGGUUCACAUAUUAAAGAAAGCUUGCCUGUAAUAGAUGCAAAAUCUAUAACUGGCAAAGAAAUGAUACUCGGUAUGAUGCAAUAUAUUUGGCCUAAGAACGAUUCAGCGAUUCGAAAACGUGUAACUUUGUCUUUGGGUUUGUUGGCUACUGCUAAAGUGUUAAAUGUAUCGGUACCGUUCCUACUUAAGUACGCAAUGGAUGAAUUAAAUGUUAAAGUGGGUCCUGCGGGGGAAGCAUUAUUGACAAUGGAUUCGGCACCCGAAACCGUUUUAACUGUAGUUACAACACUGCUGAUAUCAUAUGGAGUAUGUAGAGCUGCUGCUGCCGGUAUGAAUGAAUUGCGUAACGCUGUGUUUGCAAGUGUUGCCCAACAGUCGAUUAGGAAAAUUGCCCGAAACGUUUUUUUACAUCUCCACAAUUUGGAUCUUAGUUUUCAUUUAUCCAAGCAAACUGGCGCUCUCUCCAAGGUCAUAGAUCGAGGGAGUCGAGGAAUAAACUUUGUACUUACGGCUAUGGUUUUUAACAUAGUACCUACAGUGUUUGAAUUAGCUCUAGUCAGCACCAUUCUUGGGUUUAAAUGUGGACCAGAUUUUGCUGCUCUAUCCUUUGGCUGUGUCUUUGUAUAUACGACGUAUACCUUGUUGAUCACUCAGUGGCGGACCAAGUUUCGUAUCUACAUGAAUCAAGCAGAAAACGAGGCCGGUAAUAAAGCCAUGGACUCGCUUAUUAACUACGAAACAGUAAAGUAUUUCAAUAACGAGUUGUACGAAGCCGACAGGUAUGAUCGUGUACUGCAAAAAUUCGAAGCAGCAUCGCUGAAAACCAGUUCUAGUUUAGCGCUUUUAAAUUUUGGUCAAAAUGCUAUCUUCAGUGUAACAAUGAGUGCAGCAAUGAUACUGGCUGCCAAACAAAUAGCCGAAGGUAAUAUGACCAUUGGCGAUUUAGCAAUGGUAAACGGUUUGCUUUUUCAAUUGGCAAUGCCUCUAGGAUUUUUGGGAUCCGUUUAUCGAGAAGUACGACAAGCAUUACUCGAUAUGCAGAGUAUGUUUGCACUUAUGGCUUGCGAUCCAACAAUUAAGAGCAAAGUGAAUGCAGUGCCGUUAAGCGUGACCCAAGAAAAUGCUUCGAUUGAAUUCCGAAACGUUAGUUUUGAAUAUCAACAGGGCAAACGUAUCUUGGACAAUGUGUCGUUUAACGUACCUCCCGGCAAGAAAGUUGCUAUAAUUGGAGGAUCCGGAAGUGGCAAGUCAACUAUAAUUAGAUUGAUGUUUCGAUUUGUCGAACCGAUUUCGGGUGAAAUAUUUAUCGGCGGCGAAAACAUAAAGGACAUUGAUAUUGACAGUUUGCGAAAAUGCAUGGCCGUUGUUCCUCAGGAUUCAGUUCUGUUCCAUGACACGAUCAUGUACAAUCUUCAUUACGGCAACUUGAGUAAAACAGAUAACGAUGUUAUCGAAGCGGCCAAACUAGCGGAACUACACGACUCGGUGUUGAAACUUCCAAAAGGGUAUUCGACUCAGGUCGGCGAACGAGGUCUCAUGAUUUCCGGCGGUGAAAAGCAACGUGUGUCGAUAGCUAGAGCUAUUCUCAAAGGAAGUCCCAUAUUGAUAUUCGACGAAGCCACGUCGUCUUUGGACUCCAUAACACAACAGAACAUAUUGAAGGCGCUACGGAGAGCCACAAAGGACAAGACCAGCGUGUGUAUUGCUCAUCAGCUGUCCACCAUCAGGGACUCGCACGAGAUAUUGAUUUUACGCAACGGUAAAAUAGAAGAACGUGGCACACAUCAACAACUCGUUAACAACCCUACACAGUAUGCGAAAAUGUGGCAAAUUCAACAAGAUCAACUAUGUUACGAUUAAAAACAUAUGUGUGUGUGUGUGUGUUUAAUAUCGUUCAAUAUAAAUCCACUCGUUCGCAACGACCAAAUUGUUGAUUUUUUUUUUUGUUAUUUUAUUUUAUUAAGAGUUGAAAAUUGCUUAAAACUGUAUCUGUAAUUUAUCAUACAUGUCGAUGUAAAAAAUAAUAGACUAUAGUCAUUAGUUAAAUGAUUAUUUUACUACAAUAUUGAAAUAUACUGUAAUAUUACCAGA